UGCGACGGGGGGGGGUAACAACAUGGCCGCUCCGUGGUGGAGACACUGCCGCAGGUGGACUACAAACUGUUCGAGGGCGAGUUUCGCGGAAACCGUGCGGCAUUUUAACGGCAGGACAGCAGCUUUCUCGACGUCCUCUCCGGGCCGGGCGUCCUGGAUCUCCAGGCCAGGGAACGAGGGACAAUCACCAUCAUCUAUGCAGGCAAACCUGAACAUUUUAAACCUAAACAGACACACGUCGCGGUUGCGGUUUCCGUCACUCCAGUCAUGCUGUUGCAGAACAAUACACAGCGACGCAAAGCUCAAAGAUCCUUUCACAUUAGCCCAAAAAGACAUGGCGAGUUUAUAUGAGGACAUCAAAAAGGAGCUGUUUGUGUCUAAAGAGGAGCUGAAGUAUUUAUGUGAUUACUACUUCGAUGGCAAAGGCAAAGCAAUCCGACCGAUGAUUGUUGUUCUCAUGGCUCGAGCCCUCAACAUCCACAGCAACGGAGCAGGAGAUUUGCUCCCGGGGCAGAAGGCCAUCGCCAUGAUCUCAGAGAUGAUUCACACUGCCAGCCUUGUGCACGACGACGUCAUCGAUGGAUCAGAUAAGCGUCGAGGGAAGAGAACAAUCAAUGAAGUGUGGGGUGAAAAAAAGGCAAUCCUGGUUGGAGAUUUCAUCCUCUCUGCCGCCUCCAUGGCUUUGGCUCGGAUUGGAAACAUCUCUGUGGUCAAAGUGUUGUCCCAGGUCAUAGAAGACCUGGUCCGAGGUGAAUUCAUGCAGCUGGGCUCUAAAGAGAACGAAAACGAGAGAUUCAAACACUACCUCGAGAAAACCUUCAAGAAGACGGCGAGUCUUAUUGCAAACAGUUGUAAAGCAGUUUCCAUCCUGGUCAACUCUGAUCCGGAUGUUCACGAAAUCGCCUUCCAGUAUGGGAAGAACGUGGGCAUUGCUUUUCAGCUGGUGGACGAUGUGCUGGACUUCACAUCAGGGGCCAGUCAUUUGGGGAAGCCCACAGCUGCAGAUCUCAAACUGGGUUUAGCCACUGGACCAGUUCUGUUUGCUUGUCAACAGUUUCCUGAGCUUCAUGCUAUGAUCAUGAGACGUUUCAGCUCCAAUGGAGAUGUAGAUCGAGCCUGGCAGUACGUCCUCAAGAGCGAUGGCGUGCAGCAGACAAACUUUCUGGCGCAGCGCUACGGCCGAGAAGCCAUCCGACACAUCAGUCUGCUGAGGCCGUCAGCGGAGAGAGACGCCCUCAUCCAGCUCACUGAGAUGGUGCUAACCAGAGACAAAUAAUGAUCCUUCCUCUGCUGCGGUGUCACUUCAGGCAGCUACCAGUAGUAAGCCAACUUCAAGACACACACAGACGUGGAGAGAGAGCGAGGGAGACAAUGGAUGUUUGGAGAAAUCUCCUUGUGAUGGUUUUAAUGCCAACUUUGAGUGGGAAAAUGGCAGAACACUGAACCAAAAGCAAGGGAUCAAAACAGCAGUGUGACAUACGUUUGCCCUUGUUCAGACCUGGUAUUAACAUCCAAACCUCAGCAAUCUGAUCUCAUACAGACUGAAGUACCAGUUUUCACAUUAUUUAAAUAAACACUGACGUCACAUCUGUUCACGAGGACAAAAUUGUUUAUUUCAUGUCUGACUGUAUAGAUGUGUUUGUCAAAUCAAAGCUGUGGUUACAUGAAAUACGUUUUAACCAUUACAGAAAAAGUUGGGAUACAACAAAUUAUAGAUUAAUAUAGAUAAGAUUAUUGUCUGGGGUAAUGCACUGCGAUUUUUCAACAGUACCCUGAUUAUAUGGGUAGCAGAUUAUAUGAAUUUUCAGAGUGUGUUCUUGCUCUUGUUGGUUUACUUUGCUGAACAAAACAUUGUAUAUGUAUAUGUCACUCCUCCAAGUUCACCAUGUUGCAUUUGAGAAGUUACAGGAACAGCAUAGCAACAUGACCAUGGUUAAAAACUAAACACUACUAUAUAAAUAACUGAUUGACUAUGAAACAAAUGCAACAGAAGUGCUAUUAAUGGUAAAGGUAGCACAGUUUGUUCCUCAGUUAAAAUGUCAUAGAAAGUCAAGAACACAGCAUCUUCAGGAUGAAUUGGGAGUUACUUAAUCUCGGAUUACACAGGAAUGAUUCAAUACCAGGUCUGAACAGGGUCACAUAAAAAUACAGCUGGUUUGCUCGUUGUGAUGAUUUUUUUGGAGGUGCAUGUUAAAUAAUCCGAUGCCACUGCUUCUACAGUACUGUACCUGCAGCUGCGUCACAGUGUCGCAGUGACUGUGUGUUCAGUCCCGAUCUGUGGAGCCGCUGCACCAUCUGUGAAAAUUCCAAAUAACAUGCACAGCUGUCGCCGGUGUGUCUGUCUGGAUCCGCGUACACGUCUCCUCCGAGAUCCGUCCACACCUGAACAGGCCCAACAGUCACAUCUCCUCUUUGACAUGUGAACUGUUGGGAGGUUGAUACUGUAACACAAAGUGUCCUGUAACGACAGAAGCCUUAACAUCUACAGCUGUGCACUCAAUAAAUCAACUGUUUUUUAUUUAACCAA